CCAGCCUAGCCAGACACAGAGAGACUCAUUUAUUUCUCCCCAUCAAGUGAUCAUCUCCGAUCAUAUUUCCCAUUUCUCAUCAUAAGUACUCGCAAAAAUUUGUAUGUGUGCAAAAUCUCAUUCAUUUUUCUCUCCAUUGAAUAAUUCUCUUCCCUCACUGCCAUCUCUUGAUUCCAUAAACCCCAUCCAAUAUCAUUGGCUCACUUGAACACACCCAACAUUAUGGAUCUCACUAAUUUCUCGCAGUCUUCAUACUUUAUCAUCACUCUCAUUUUUCUUAUUAUCUGCAAAGGCACAUCAGCGGCUACAUUCACGGUGAUAAACAAAUGUAGCCACACAGUAUGGCCGGGGAUUCUAUCCAAUGCGGACAGCGCCAGAUUAGACAGCACCGGCUUCGAACUCCCGCCGGGUGGUUCUCGAAGCUUCCAGUCGCCGCCCAACUGGUCGGGCCGGUUCUGGGGCCGAACCGGCUGCACAUUCGACCCUGCCACAGGCCAGGGCAGCUGCGCCAGCGGCGACUGCGGCUCCAAACAGGUCGAGUGCAACGGCGCCGGCGCCAGCCCUCCGGCCACACUCGCCGAGUUCACUAUCCGCCUGGGCGGCCUGGAUUUCUACGACGUCAGCCUUGUCGACGGUUACAACCUCCCAGUGCUGGUCGACGCCAGUCGCGGCUCCGGCGCGUGCCUCUCAACCGGCUGCGUCACCGACCUGAACCAGCAGUGCCCGCCCGAGCUGAGGGUCGGGAACGGCGAAGCGUGUAGGAGCGCGUGCGAGGCAUUCGGGAGGCCCGAGUACUGCUGCAGCGGAGAGUACGGAUCGCCGGGGGCGUGUAAGCCGACAGUUUACUCGGAGAUGUUCAAAGCCGCCUGCCCAAAGUCGUAUAGCUAUGCUUAUGAUGAUCCCACCAGUACGUUUACGUGCAGUGGGGCUGAUUACACGAUAACAUUCUGCCCUUCCUCCACAAGUCAAAAAUCAGCAAGAGAUACGUCUCCAACAAGUACAUCAAGCACAACAAGCGGGAGUGACUCUGCAACAGAAGGGUCGUCUACAACGGGGACGGGGGAUUUCCCAUUUGGAUAUAACAGUUCAUGGUUACCAAAUUUUGUGACUGGAGACUCGUCAAGGGUUUUUUCUUCUUCAGCUUUGCAAGCUACAUUGACACUUAUUUCUAUCAAUUUGUUGGUCUACUUUUCUUUGAUUUUUUGCUAACUUCUCUCUCCUACAUGUAGCCUUAAAGGUCACUCAAAGUGUCGUGCUUUUGCAUUGAGAAUUGAGAUCAGAGCAGAAUUGAGGAAAACGAGAGAGGUUUUAUUUUUGUAAAGCCCAAUUUUUACCGGCCCCAUGAAUGUACAGAUGUUCAAAUCAAGCUAAUUAACAUGUACGUUAUUUUAAAUUUUCUUUCCAUAUAUGACAAGUUCAGAGGUUUUUUGUAACUUGAUGCAUAUGAAUAA